ACUCAUUCACUAUAGUUGAGGAGAUUGGAUCCUUGAUCUAUAGAAUAGUGCUUAGCUUUAUUUAUCCCGGCUUUUCUUUAGUUUCAAUUCAUUUUCAUGGAGGCCAUGGAAUGCUGUGUUCCUCCAGGUUUCAGAUUCCAUCCAACUGAGGAAGAGCUCGUUGGUUACUACCUCAAUAGGAAGGUUAACUCCUUGAAGAUUGAUUUAGAUGUAAUUACUGAUGUUGAUCUCUACAGAAUUGAGCCGUGGGACAUUCAAGAAAAAUGCAAAUUUGGAUAUGAAGAGCAGAAGGAGUGGUACUUCUUCAGCCACAAAGACAGGAAGUAUCCAACAGGUAGCCGGACGAACCGGGCGACGGUGGCCGGAUUUUGGAAGGCGACCGGAAGGGACAAGGCGGUGCUUUCAAAAGACAAGAUGAUAGGAAUGAGGAAGACACUUGUUUUUUACAAAGGCAGAGCUCCCAAUGGCAACAAAACUCACUGGAUCAUGCACGAAUAUCGUCUUCAAUCUUCUCUUCAUGCACCUACCCAGGAGGAAGGAUGGGUAGUAUGUCGUGCAUUCAAGAAACCAAUUCCAAAUAACAACAAACCAUUAGGAGGAGGAUAUGAAGCAAUAAAUUGGAACAUCCACACUCCUGUUUCGAAUUACUAUAUUAGAGACCAUAAGAGUUACUCUUAUGUAAUACCAUCAUCAUCAACGUUACAAGCAUCAAGUUCCAUUGCCACAUUCAACCAUAAUUUAGUAUCAGGUGAUAACAAUUUCUCAUGCAGAUUCCCUACUGAGUCCCCACAACACCAACAUCCCAACCAUGAUGAUGAUGAUGGUUGCUAUGAUCAGAAGAUUAAUCAUGUACUAGAAGAUAGCCCGACCACCGCGGUCACCACGGCUAGCCAUGAAGAUCAUCAAGAGGAUGGUAACAAGAUGAAUAAUUACUACUACUAUGACAAUAAUAGUAACAAUAAUAGUGAUCAUACCAUGGGGGUGUUGCCAUCUUGUUCGUUUUCGAAUAUGCCGCUGCUCAUGCGAGACGAUGACCAUGAUCACAUUAGCCAUCUGCUUGACUACUUCCCAACUAAUUUAUAGCCCAAUUGUCCAUGAAGCUUUUGUAUUAUCAUCAUCAUUUUCAUCAUGAUUGUCCCAACAAUAUGUUAUUCGUUGUGGCAUGCAUGCCAUUAACUUUCCAUUUAUGAGUCUCAACUAAAAGGAACUUACAUUGUACUUUUCAAAAGGACAUGUGGGUUAUUGUUUAAACAUUGUUGUUCAAUGUUGAUUAAAGAUUUCAAUUGUUCAUAUCCAACAAGAAUUGAGAUGCUUUAAAUUAUAUAUAAUAUUGAGGAAGCUAUGGUUGGAGAUUGGAAAAGGUUGAUGUGAAGAC